UUGUCAAAAAAAAAAUAAAAAUGCAAAUUACGAUGAAUUUUUCACGGAUAUCUUUUGCUCUCCAGCUCUUCUUUAUAUGCCACUUCAUUACAUCAGGUAAACUAAGAGAGGUGGAGGGAUGCAGUAUUUAUAUUAGUAACAAAUGCCCCUUCCCUAUCUGGCCAGCAACUGCCCCAAACACGGGCCAUCCAGUUUUAGCUAACGGUGGUUUCUACCUUCCAUCCAGCGGAGUUCGCCGAAUUGGAGCCCCAGGAGACUGGAGUGGACGCAUUUGGGCUCGAACCGGCUGCAAUUUCAACGUUUCCACCAAUCACAAACCGGCCUGUGAAACAGGCGAUUGUGAUGGAAAACUCGAAUGUGAAGGAACUAUAGGCCUUCCUCCAGCUACACUGGUAGAAAUGACAAUACAAUAUGAUAAAAAGCAGCCAAGUUUCUACGAUGUAAGCUUAGUUGAUGGAUAUAACCUUCCUGUUUCGGUAACAAAUAAGCCUUCAUCAUCAAAAUGUCUUAUUAGAGGGUGCACCAAAAACGUGAAAAACACAUGUCCACCUGAGCUUCAGGUUGUAAAUGAUGGAGGACAAGUGGUGGCGUGUAAAAGUGCUUGCUUAGCUUUCAAUCUCGACUCGUUUUGUUGUAGGAACAAAUAUGGAAGUCCUGAAAAAUGCAAGCCGAGUGUGUACUCAAGUUUGUUCAAGAAAGCUUGUCCCUCAUACGUUAGUUAUGCUUUCGACACGCCUUCGCCUGUAGUCAGCUGUUCAUCCGAUCAAUUUGUUAUAACUUUCUGUCCAGAUAAAUGGGCCACUCAACAUUUAUCUGCUUCAUCAAUUAUUUAGCUGCAAUAUUGUCAUAUGUACACGAAAUAAUCCUUCAUUCUUUAUUCAUAAUAAAGAGUUUAAAGUUAUCUGGGUCGUAUCAUGAUCAGAUAACCAAUUUCUGGUA